UGGUCUGAACCGAGCUCUGCUUCCCAAAGCAAAAUUUGUAAUAUGCCAUUUUUCCCAUGGAUGCUUCUCCUCUUGGCUGCUGACGAAGUGACCGAAGAAAAUGCUGAGGUGCCACGCAGCGAGACUUGCCAGAGGACGGGUGCGGGGGCUUGAGGUUCCUCGGAGCAACGCCUGUGUCACCAUUGAUAGGAAGAUGGUCCAGGAGUGCUCGGCUGUGUGAGUCCCCCUCGAAGCCGGUGGAGACUGCGGUUGUUACUGAUCAAGUGAAAUAGCAGACGCCGAAAUAAAAGAUACUAGAAAUGAUGUGUGAAGUGAUGCCAACCAUAAAUGAGGACACCCCGAUGAGUCAACGGGGGUCCCAAAGCAGUGGCUCCGACUCGGAUUCUCAUUUUGAGCAGCUGAUGGUGAACAUGCUGGAUGAAAGGGAUCGUCUCCUUGAUACCCUUCGGGAGACACAGGAAAGCUUGUCACUUGCACAGCAACGCCUACAGGAUGUCAUCUAUGACAGAGAUUCCCUCCAGCGACAGCUGAACUCAGCACUGCCUCAGAUGACGGUUGCUGCUGGUACGAGCAUUGAGAAUAACAUUCAAAGGACCAUAUCCUGCCCUAAUGAAUUUGCUGCACUGACAAAAGAAUUAAAUGCAUGCAGGGAGCAGCUGCUUGAAAAAGAGGAAGAGAUUUCAGAACUAAAAGCUGAAAGAAACAACACAAGAUUGUUACUGGAGCAUUUGGAGUGCCUUGUCUCAAGACACGAAAGGUCCCUGAGGAUGACAGUGGUGAAACGGCAAGCACAGUCUCCCUCAGGAGUUUCCAGUGAAGUUGAGGUCCUCAAAGCUCUGAAGUCUCUGUUUGAGCACCACAAGGCUUUGGAUGAAAAGGUAAGGGAACGACUGAGGGUUUCUUUAGAAAGAGUCUCUGCACUGGAAGAAGAACUAGCUGCUGCUAACCAGGAGAUUGUAGCUUUGCGUGAACAAAAUGCACACACAAGGAAAAUGGCAGCUGGGAAGGGCUCUGCUGAAUCAGAGCAUAUUGAAGGAAUGGAGCCAGGGCAAAAGGUUCAUGAAAAGCGUCUAUCAAAUGGCUCAAUAGACUCAAAUGAUGAAGCCAGUCAAGUUGUUGAACUUCAGGAGCUGUUGGAAAAGCAAAACUAUGAAAUGGCACAGAUGAAGGAACGUUUGACUGCACUGUCUUCUCGGGUGGGAGAGGUGGAGCAGGAAGCAGAGACUACGAGGAAGGAGCUCAUUAAAACAGAGGAAAUGAACAGUAAAUAUCAGAGAGACAUUAGAGAGGCAAUGGCACAAAAGGAGGAUAUGGAAGAAAUAACUACACUGGAGAAGCGCUACCUCAGUGCUCAGAGAGAAUCCACCUCCAUACAUGACAUGAAUGAUAAGCUAGAAAAUGAACUAGCAAACAAGGAAGCCAUCCUGCGUCAGUUGGAAGACAAAAAUAGACAGCUGCAAGAGCGUCUUGAGCUGGCUGAGCAGAAGCUGAGCAGACAAUUGAGGAAAGCUGAAACCUUACCUGAAGUGGAAGGCUGUGAACUGGCUCAGAGAAUUGCAGCUUUGACUAAGUCUGAUCCAACCUCUUCUACCUCAUCUGAUGAUUAUCAGUAUGUUAUGGAAGCUAAACUACAAGACAUGAUCUCCAUACGUAGGAAGGCAGAAGAAAGGCAUGGAAACAUUGAGGAACGUAUGAGACACUUAGAAGCUCAACUUGAAGAGAAGAAUCAGGAACUUCAAAGAGCAAGGCAAAGAGAAAAAAUGAAUGAGGAGCACAACAAAAGAUUAUCGGAUACAGUAGACAGACUUUUGACAGAAUCCAAUGAACGUCUGCAGCUACACUUGAAAGAGAGAAUGGCAGCUCUUGAAGAAAAGAAUGUAUUGAUUCAAGAAUCUGAAAGUUUCAGGAAAAAUCUGGAAGAGUCUUUACAUGAUAAGGAAAGACUUGCCGAAGAAAUUGAGAAACUGAGGUCUGAAUUGGAUCAAAUGAAACUGAGGGCUGGUUCUUUAAUCGAACCCACCUUGUCAAGACCUCAUCUGGACACAUCAACAGAGCUGAGGUACUCAGUGGGCUCACUGGUAGAUAGCCAGUCUGACUAUCGGUCAACUAAAGUGAUAAGGCGACCAAGAAGAGGCCGGAUGGGAGCACGCAGAGAUGAACCAAAGGUAAAAUCACUUGGCGAUCACGAGUGGAAUAGGACACAGCAGAUUGGUGUUCUGAGCAGUCACCCGUUUGAAAGUGACACUGAGAUGUCGGACAUUGAUGAUGAUAGAGAAACACUGUUCAGCUCCAUGGACCUGCUGUCACCAAGUGGCCAUUCCGAUGCCCAGACUCUGGCCAUGAUGCUUCAGGAGCAGCUAGAUGCAAUCAAUAAAGAAAUCAGGUUAAUCCAAGAAGAGAAAGAGUCGACAGAAUUGCGUGCUGAAGAGAUAGAGAACAGAGUGGCCAGUGUGAGUCUGGAGGGCUUAAAUCUAGCCAGAGUCCACCAAGGUGCCUCCAUUACUGGCUCAAUGACAGCAUCAUCACUUGCAAGCUCAUCUCCUCCCAGCGGACACUCAACUCCCAAACUCACCCCUCGCAGUCCAGCCAGGGAGAUGGACAGAAUGGGGGUUAUGACGCUGCCAAGCGACCUAAGGAAGCAUCGGAGAAAGAUUGCAGUAGUUGAAGAAGAUGGGCAUGAAGAUAAAGCCACAAUCAAAUGUGAAACUUCUCCUCCUCCAACACCUAGAACUAUCAGGAUGACUCAUACCCUUCCUUCUUCAUACCACAAUGAUGCCAGAAGUAGUUUGCCUACUUCACUGGAGCCAGAAAGCAUUGGUCUCAGCAGUGUCAGCAGCAGUCAGGACUCCCUGCACAAAGCACCCAAGAAGAAAGGAAUCAAGUCUUCAAUAGGACGAUUGUUUGGUAAAAAAGAGAAGGCUCGACUUGGACAGCUCAGAGGUUACAUGGAAUCUCCAGCAGCUCAGGAAUCUCUGGGUUUAGGCAAACUUGGAACACAAGCAGAAAAGGACAGAAGACUAAAGAAAAAACAUGAACUUCUGGAAGAGGCUCGGAGAAAAGGUUUGCCUUUUGCGCAAUGGGAUGGACCAACAGUGGUUGCCUGGCUGGAGCUCUGGCUAGGGAUGCCAGCCUGGUAUGUCGCUGCCUGCCGUGCCAAUGUGAAGAGUGGAGCUAUCAUGUCUGCUUUGUCCGAUACUGAGAUUCAAAGAGAAAUUGGAAUCAGCAAUCCUCUUCAUCGCCUAAAACUCCGAUUAGCAAUCCAGGAGAUGGUAUCACUAACAAGUCCAUCAGCACCUCCAACAUCUAGAACACCCUCAGGCAAUGUUUGGGUGACCCAUGAAGAAAUGGAAAAUCUUGCUGCUCCAGCUAAAACGAAAGAGUCUGAAGAAGGCAGUUGGGCUCAGACCCUGGCUUAUGGUGAUAUGAACCAUGAAUGGAUAGGUAACGAAUGGCUCCCUAGUCUGGGUUUACCUCAGUACCGAAGUUAUUUUAUGGAAUGCCUGGUAGAUGCGAGGAUGUUAGACCACCUGACAAAGAAAGAUCUGCGUGUGCACCUAAAAAUGGUGGAUAGUUUUCAUCGAACAAGCUUGCAGUAUGGAAUCAUGUGUUUAAAGAGGUUGAAUUAUGAUAGAAAAGAGCUGGAAAAGCGAAGAGAAAUGAGUCAGCAUGAAAUAAAAGAUGUGCUGGUAUGGAGCAAUGAUCGAGUCAUACGCUGGAUACAAGCCAUUGGCCUCCGAGAAUAUGCAAAUAAUAUUCUAGAAAGUGGUGUACAUGGUUCACUUAUAGCACUGGAUGAAAACUUUGACUACAGCAGUUUAGCUUUAUUAUUACAGAUUCCAACACAAAACACACAGGCACGGCAGAUCCUUGAGAGAGAAUACAACAACCUUUUAGCACUAGGAACUGAAAGACGACUUGAGGAAAGCGAUGAUAAAAACUUCAGGCGCGGCCCCUCGUGGCGACGGCAGUUCCCUCCACGCGAGGUUCAUGGGAUCAGCAUGAUGCCAGGUGCGUCAGAAACGCUGCCAGCUGGGUUCCGCCUCACCACCACAUCAGGGCAGUCACGGAAGAUGGCAAGUGAUGUUACUUCAUCACGACUGCAGAGGUUAGACAGCUCAACAGUUCGGACAUACUCAUGCUGACAAGGCCUAGCAAAGAAGCCAGCACUGAAUUGCUAUGUUAUCUCUUUCUUCUACUUUACCUGAAGUGCACUACGACUACUUAGGAAAAGAGCAUUAAAACUCUCUGCAAGAACAGGUUAAUAGGGAAGAGAGCAAAUGAGGUUUAUCAUACAAACAGAUACAAUGAUCCUUUCAGAUAUGAUGUAUUGGUUACAUUAAAACAAGAAUAAAAAAUACCUAAAUUAAAAAAAAAAAAAAAAUAAAAAGAAAAACCACCCACACACACAAAAAAACACCAAACCAAAAAAACCCCACAAACCACACCCCACAAACAGAAAAACAAAACAAUCUCCCCCUUUUCUCUCAGCAUCUGUCAUCAAAAUUUUGACAGUAGUGCACAUCCAAAGCUUUUAUCAAAUGAAGCCACUCAUCUUUACAUCUGUUUUCUUGUAAAAUACUAGACAUUUACGUAUUUACUGUGUAUGUAUUUCUUUUAAAAUGUGUAAGUCUUAUGUAAAUGGAUAUAAAUAUGAUUUUUUAAAAAUAAAAUCUAUGGUACAUGGGGUGUCAGUGCAAACAUUUGACAAUACAGUGUCAAUAAUACUGUUUGUAUCUUUCCAUUCCACCAUUUUUACAGUUUUUUGGAUUGUAACAGUCAAAUGAAUAUGUUUAGCAGAGUUAGAAGCUUCAACAUGUUCCUACUGAGAAAAAUCUGUCAAUAUUUAAUGCUGAACACCUGCCUCCGAUGAAUGACAUAACCUGGAACUGAAGCCAAAAAGGACCUCUAAAGACAAAAUGGAAAUGUUAGAUACCUACAGAGAAGCACCAUGAUGGCUCAUCUCUUUAAAACAAACAAACCCAGAAGAACUGUUUAUAAAAAAUAAAAAGUAAUUUAAUAAAACAUGAUUUGUACAACAAAAACAAAAACUUUCUUCUAUGUUACCUGCGGAUCAAGAGGAAUCUUGCUUUACCAAGAGCCACCUUUUUGUUCCAGGAUCUUCAAAUACCAGCCAGCAUUGGAAAAGUGAAUAUAAUAUUUGCAUAAAAUCAGAUUCUUGUUUCCAGAUAUAUUCAGCAAAGAAAAAGAAAGAUAAGAGAAGCCAACCCCCACCAUUUCUUCAUUCUAACAGGGCAUUAGAAAGGCUCCUAUGUACCGUUAUGCUUUUAGCCAAGAUGGCCUUCCUGAGACUCCAAGAAGUCAGUUUUAUCAGAGGAAAUAACAGAAAGACAGUGAUUAAUAUAUAGUGUAUAAAAGUUUAGAAGAGCAAAUAUUACCUGAUGUGGCUUUAUUUGGUGGUGUUAUUGUUGUUUAUUCUUUGUUUAAAUGGGAAGUUUCAAAGUAAGACCUACUUAAUAGUCAUUUACCUAUUUGCUAUUUUUCUGCUGCUUGAUCUUGGCUCACAGCCUGUCUUUUAGUUAUUUCUUUUAGCAGUUUGAUCUGCAACAUUUGCACGUACAUAAACAUUUGUUUUGUCUAUUUUUAUUUGGCAAACUUCGGUCAAUCAGAUGGUGAAAGAUUUUUCUCCCCUGAUGUCAAUAAAAAAAGAAUUCAGU